GUAUGCCACAAGGGGGCACUAAAAAGUAAGCUACUGAUGACGUGUUUGUGUUAUUAUUUUUGUCCUGGUCGAGUUCCGGUUGUCUCGGUCUGUGCUUAUUGUGGAGCCCAGCAGCAAAGGAACUAUGGGAGUCACAAGCAGUAACGUUCAAAGUGAACUUUACAUCUAUGGAACACAUCAGAUCACACAGUCUGGUUUCACUAUACCAUGCUUCCUGUCACAUGCACCGCACGGUGCUAUAGAGUUGGCGUGGUUUAAGGAGACAGAAUGCAUUUGUCUUUAUAAAAAUGGACAGUUGACUAAAGGGAGGGGUUAUGAGAACAGAGUGAGUCUGUUACCUGAACAGCUAAAGAGAGGAAAUGUGUCCUUAACACUACAAGGAUUAAAUAAUUCAGAUGUUGGAGAUUACACAUGUCAAGUCACCGACAGAGACAAAACAAAGGAGAUAACAGUAAGAGUAGAAAAAGAACCCCUCUUGUACAAAUUUCACAAUAUGGCAAAUUAUAAAGUAGUUGGAAUAUUGGUUAUGCUGCUUGCAGUAGCAAUAGGAGAAGCAGCAGUGAUGGGAUCAAUGUUGGGAGUAUUAAUUGCAGCAGUACUAUCAAACAUCACCUUCAUGAGAAUAAACAGGCAAUGGAGUCAGCAUGACAGACAGAAAAUGGAAAGGUCUGCUCUGAUUACAGAAACACAGGCAAUUCUUGCUGAAAGAGAUACAAAGAUUGAAGGCUAUUGCAAAAAUCAACUGGGUAUACUGACAAUUGAGCUGCAGGAAGAGAUCAAAGUGUUACGAGAAGAUUUCAAACUUCAACUGGCCACACUGAAAGUGAGACAACAGGAAGAGAUCAAAAUGCUACAAGCAAAUUUCCAACAUCAACUGGCAAUACCAAUAAUGGAAUUACAGGAAGAGAUCAAAGUGCUACGAGAAGAGAUACAGAGACUAAAACAUGUUCAGUCUUCAAACACACCUGGAACUUUGUAUACAAAUUCUGUGUAUCCGAAUUCUGUUCCUUUGCUGCCUCACUUUGACCUAUAUACAGGUGGAUGGGAAGCAGGUGAAAUGGUGGAAACUCCUGACUGGUUCUGCUCUGGAUUGUAUCAGGAUGAGGUGUAGAGAUGAAAAUGAACAGCAGUUUAUAUCUGUGACACAACUCCCAUUUCCUUCUCAGAAGAGACUUGUUGCAUUCCUCAGCCCACAGAGGUCCUGGUAGUAAUCAAAGAUUAUUGACUGAGAUGUUUGGUGGGGUGUAGGGCUGUCACGAUUAUAAAAUUUGGCUGACGGUUAAUUGUCUGAUAAAUUGUGACAGUUAUGACGACUUAAUGCCCGUUUUAGGGCUUUGAUGAUUAUGAUGAUUAAUUGUCUUUUUUUGCUUUGACAUUUAAUUCUCAUAAAAAAAAUUGUUCCUGGAAUAAUUUUCACACAUUGAUGGGAUUAUUUAAAUUAAAUAUUUUCAAGGUUUACCUGGCAGUAAAUAUUAGUAAAAGUAAUUAUUUAAUGAAUAUAUUUUUCAAAAACUGAAAAUUCUUCAUAAAAAAUGUGUCUGGAAAAAAACGGAAAAUAAAAAUGCAAUAAAAAUAAGCUGACUAUACCAGGUCAUAUUAGUACUGAACCACAUGUCUGUAGUGGCUACAAAAAAAUAAAUUCCUUACAGAUCUCUAAGAAUCCUUUACUUCCCUAAAUUUGGAAUUGCUGUUUUGGAAAUAUAUGCUUUACCUGGCAAUUCAUACUGCUUAUGAAAGUUUUGCAGCAUUUCUUUAAAUGCGUUUUUUUCAACGGUAUUGAACGGCUUUGCAAUGUAUCGCAUUACACCGUCGUAAAGGAGCACCAUCUGAUACUGUCUCAUUUAUACAGGCGCUGCAACUCCCCCUUGAGGUCAAACAAUCGCGAUAAGACGAUUAUUUUAUUAUUGUGACAGCUCUGGGGGGGUCUGCUAAUAACUUAGGACAGCUGGGUCAGUUAAUUGUUUUAGGUUUAAGUAUAGAAUUAAAAGAAUGGUAAGAAAGAGACAUUGCAUGUGCAUUUUACAUUUCCUUUCUCUGGGUUCUCAUUUGAAUUCUGCCUUUGCUUUAAGGUUUUCUUCUUUGAGCAUGUAAUAUGAAUGUAAUAUGUCUCACAUAUAUAUUUCCCAUAUAUGUGUCUCACAUCAUAUUUGAGUGAUUUAAAUAGUUUUAAUUUACUAUUCAUGAAUGUAUAUUUUAACUAAAGUAUAUCGUAAUAUAUAAUUAUAUUUCAAGGGAAAAACCUUCAGUUCUUAACUGUUAAUAAAUCCAUUCAUCUAUAAACUAUGUGCAAACUGAUUUU